GCAAUGGUGGGAGAUGUUAUGGCAUUGCACAGAAUAAUGGAGGAAGAUCCUCAAGUAUUGGAAAAAGCGUCUUUAGCCCUAUCUGCAGACUCACCUCUUCAUGUUGCAGCAUUAUCAGGACGAGUGGAUUUUGUGAAGCGGAUUAUGAGCCUGAUGCCUUCACUAGCCAUGCACACAAACCGGGAAGGUUUAAUCCCACUGCACAUGGCUUCAGCACAAGGCCAUGUUCAGACUGUAAGAGAGCUUUUGAAGGCGAAGCUUGAAGAUGAGGACGAUGAAGUGAUGAAGAACCAGUGCCUUUUGAAGGACAACGAAGGUCGGACUCCACUGCAUUACGCAGUUUCCAGAGGGAGAGUUGGGGUGGUUAAAGAAUUGAUGAGGCGUAGUCCUGAAUGUGCUGAAGAAGUAACAGCAAAAGGAGAGACAGCUCUGCAUUUAGCAGUGAAGGCCAAUAGACUUAAAGUGGUGCAAGUGAUGGUGGAGAGCAUCAGAAGGCUUCCGAAUUUCCAGGUAAUACUAGACAAAGGGAAAGAAGAAGACAAAGAUGAGAUAAAGGAAGAAACUAAUAUAACGGUGGAGGUGGAAGAUGGUAGUGAUGGCUGUGAUGAAGCACCUGAAAAUAAAGAGAAACAAAAAGCAGCGUCAGCAGAGUUUCAGAAUACAGUUUUAGUAGAGGCAACGUUAAUUAUAACGUUGUCAUACCAAGGUUUGACAAAUCCCCCUUCAACACCAUUCCAAACAGACACGAAAAUAGAUUGGAGCUGCAUAUCUCUGAGCUAUUAUUCACCAAAUCAUGUGUUAUUCCCCAGCAUAAAAAUAAUCAAGACCUGUCUGGCCUCAUUAGCUGCAUUGUUCUUGGUGAUUAACUCCAUAAUCUUCACCCAAUCAAUCUUCCUUCUGCUUUCUAGUUUACGUGGGGCUCAUGGAUUCCUUUUGAUUCUUCGAUUGCUCGAUUUAUUCGUCACGUACAAUUACGUUGUGUUACUGGAGGCUUUCACCUUGUAUGCUGCAUAUGUUACGCUGCAAUUUACUGGCUUCUACUAUCUUCCUCUUUUACUUACUGAUCAGUGA